AUGCGCAUUAGGCGUACCUUCGCUCAUAUGUUUCCCCCGUUUGGCUUUUAUCCGUCGGCCUACCCGGAGCGUUUAGAGGGUAGUGCACUUCCUCCCGGUGGAGAGGUGCGCGGGUUUGAAGUGGCUGAAAGGAGGAGUGCAUAUGUCCCCUUGCCCAGUUUGUACUUGGCGAUGCCGGGCCCUCUUUCCAACUAUGCCUUACGGAUGGCCCGCCUGAGUAAGCAUAUAUUUGGAGAAGUUGUUCGCCCAACCGAUUCUUCAUCCAUGAAAGUCGUCAAGCUGUUAAGUGAGCAGCCCUUGGCAAAGCGCAAGGAAGUCUAUGACUGGUAUCCUCCUCACAAUAUCUACAGUGGCCUCAUGUGGAGGCUUCGUUCCUAUGGCCUCUACAGGGAUGAACAUGAAGAUUUUAAAGAUGAGAUGAAACGGUUGAAGAGACUGCGUGGAAAAGGACCCCCCAAGAAAGGAGAAGGAAAAAGAGCUCUGAAGAAGUAGAAGCACUAUUAAGCCACAAAUAUAUUUAAUAAAACAUCUUGUAGCAGG